GGUAGAUAAAGGAGACACGAGGCAGGUGGAGAAUGAAGGUAAGGAAGCCAGUUAGAGCAGACGGCAUCCAGCAUCCGCAUCGCCACAGACACACGGACAGGCAGACAAUCAGCUGAGAGGUAGUCACCAUGGCCGGCUUGCUGAAAAAUAUCGCUGUUACGGCAACUCGCACCGUUCUGCCACGCAUCACAGCCGCGGCCCAGCGAGGGUUGAGCACCUCUGUGCGAUGCCUUGCCCCAGCGGUGACCCAGCCAGCACCGUCCUUCAAGGCCCAGGCGGUUGUUAACGGAGACUUCAAGGAACUCUCUCUCGAAGACUUCCGUGGGAAAUAUUUGGUGCUCUUCUUUUACCCGCUGGAUUUCACCUUUGUCUGCCCGACUGAGCUCAUCGCCUUCAGUGACCACAUGGCAGCCUUCCGAGAGCUGAACUGUGAGGUGGUGGGGGUGUCCACCGACUCUCACUUCUCCCACCUGGCCUGGAACAACAUGCCCAGGAAGCAAGGUGGUCUGGGCGGGCUACAGUAUCCCCUGCUGGCGGACUUCAACAAAACUAUCUCCCGGGAUUAUGGUGUGUUGUUAGAGGACGACGGCGUGGCUCUGCGGGGACUGUUCCUCAUUGAUCCUGAGGGUGUGGUUCGGCACAUGAGCAUCAAUGAUCUGCCAGUGGGACGCUCUGUGGAGGAGACACUCAGGCUGCUCAAGGCGUUCCAGUUUGUGGCGGAGCAUGGUGAAGUGUGUCCGGCCAACUGGCAGCCAGAGUCCCCAACCAUCAAGCCAGAUCCAACAGGCUCCCUAGAGUACUUUAAUAAGGUGAACUAAGGUAGUGGUGGUGAUGGUGGUGUUAGGUGGUCGAUUUCCAGAAGUGUCCAGGUGUGUCAGCUAGCAAAAGGAGACUUAGGGAAUGGAACGGAAAGAAAAGAGGGGGGGAAGUGAAGAAGAACAAUAUAGAGGGAAAUAUGGGGUGUAAAGAAUGUGUUGAAGGACAGCAGUAGAUAGAAAGACUUAGGGAAUUGUCCUUAACUUCUUGAAUGCUGCUACGGUGUCUUAGUGUAGGUUUGGUCAUAAUGUUGAAGGGUAAGACAUUCAGCCAAUGUUUAGUAAUGGUGCAAAGUCUGAUUAUGAUACUGAAAGGUAAUAUUCUCAGCAAAGAUUAUCAAAUGUGUAGUUGGGAUUAGUUAAGUUCACUUAGCUUAGUAUUUGCUUAGUAAGAUUGCCUUGGGUUACUCAGAUAAGGAAUAAAGGCACUGAAGAGAGCUAGGUAUUGUACAUUGUUAUCUUAAUUUGUUGAAAGUAUUGUUCAAGUAGUGGUGACAGUAACUCUUCUUGGGUUACUGUCAUCACCAGCAGUUGAAGGAAUAAAGCCAGUGAAGAGAAACAAGUUAUUUCGCAUUGUUAUCUUACUUUGUUAGUGUUGAUGUGUAUUUGCUACCCUUGUCAUUAGUUAAAGUGGGAAAUCCAUGUAUAUUCAAGCUGACACAGGUAAAAGGUAAGGGAACUAGGGAAAAAUAAAGAAAAAAAGAAAAAAAUAGGUAUAGCAUCAUGUUUUGUCUGUUAGAAAUGAGGUUCAGUAAAUAAAAGUAAAGGAUUAAUAGUUUAUAAAAGUAGUCAUACAAUUGAAUAUGAGAAGUAAUCAGUUGUUUUGUUAGCCGUGAGUGCACGUUACAAAGAUACACAGAGCGAUACAGUUGAAAUAAAUAGUUUUUUUUGUAUUUAAUUUUACUUUUUUUUUUUCGUUGUAUAUGAUUUAUUGAAAAGAUUAACUGAGUGAAAGAUAACGCAGCCAAGAAACAAAGACAUCGCCGUACCAUCUCUCCUGGAUUACCAAUUAAGAGUUUUCAUCUACAAAUGUUCAUGAGUUCAAAUAUUGCUGUGAAUAAGAUCAUAAGGACAUUAUUGUAUAUUUCUUUUGUACACACUAUAUUCCGUGAUGUGUGUAGCCUACCUAUACUGAAAUAUAUAAAUGAAUCCA